AUGGCAACUUUCCAACGUGCCAAACCACACGUUAACAUCGGAACCAUUGGACACGUCGAUCACGGAAAGACUACCUUGACCGCGGCGAUCACGAAAGUUCUGGCCGAGAAGGGAGGAGCAGACUUCAGGGACUACGCUUCCAUCGACAAGGCACCGGAAGAGCGAGCUCGUGGUAUCACCAUUUCCACCACCCACGUCGAAUAUGAGACAGACACCCGUCACUAUGCUCACGUCGACUGUCCCGGACACGCUGAUUACAUCAAGAACAUGAUUACUGGAGCCGCACAGAUGGACGGUGCUAUCAUCGUCGUCUCUGCUACUGACGGACAGAUGCCCCAAACUCGUGAGCACUUGUUGCUCGCUAAGCAAGUCGGCGUGUCGAGGCUUGUGGUCUUCAUCAACAAGGUCGAUGCUGUCGACGACAAGGAGAUGUUGGAACUGGUCGAGAUGGAGAUGAGGGAUCUUCUCGGAGAAUACGGAUACGAGGGAGAGGAAGUGCCGAUCAUUAUGGGAUCCGCCCUUUGCGCUCUGGAGGACCGUGAGCCAGAAAUCGGAAAGGAGGCUAUCUUCAAGCUCAUGCAGGCUGUCGAUGACUACAUUCCCACCCCCGUCCGUGACUUGGAGAAGCCUUUUCUGAUGCCCAUUGAAGAUGUCUUCUCCAUCGCUGGUCGUGGAACUGUGACUACCGGAAGCGUCGAGCGUGGCUUCAUCACCAAGGGAGCUGAUGUUGAGAUUAUUGGAUACGGAGAGACUUUGAAGACCACCAUCACUGGUGUCGAGAUGUUCCACAAAGAACUUGAGCGCGCUGAGGCAGGAGACAACGCCGGUCUCCUUCUCCGUGGUCUGAAGCGUGACCAGCUCCGCCGAGGACAAGUCAUCGCCAAGCCAGGCACCAUCACCCCCCACAAGAAGUUCCUGACACAAAUGUACAUCCUCACCAAGGACGAAGGAGGUCGUCACACGCCAUUCGUAGAAAACUACAAGCCCCAACUCUACGCCCGCACGAUGGACGUGACCGCGUCGCUCCUGUGGCCGGACACCGAGACCGGCCGCAACAACAGGAACGAGGGAAAGAUGAUCAUGCCGGGAGACAACGUGGAGCUGCUCGUUGAGCUCUCAUAUUCGGUCGCUAUUGAUGAGGGGCUUCGUUUCACCGUGCGAGAGGGCGGGAAGACGGUUGGAACCGGUGUCGUCACCAAGAUCCUCGAAUAG